GUGACGGUCCAUCGCGACUUUGGCAGCUUCAUGGCGGCGAAGCCCGGGCUGGAGGUGCUCGGCGAUGCUGGCAAGCCGGAGGUGCUCGUGCGCGCGCACGCGUUCGCAGAGCCCGACUGGCGGUCCUUUGACCGCCCGCUGGCCAACACGCCGGAGGGGGUGUACACCUAUGUGCACGAACUCGCCGCCGCCGCCGGGACGGAGAGCGGUCCGCUGGCCGGCCCGACGAUCUGCCUCAAGCUCAAGCGACGGGAGGCUGUCGCCGCCGCACUCGGCGGGACAGCCCUCGAUGAUUUGGCGGCACGAGAGGGGGAUGCGCCCGACUUGGAGGCGGCGAGGCGCGUCAACCAGCUCGCGUGCGGGUGGCAGCCUCCCCCGUCGCUCUGCGCCGCCCGCUCCACCGGCGAGCCGCUGCGCCUCGAGCUGACGGGCGACCGCGAGCUGCUGGACGCUCCGGACGGGCCGCUUGGCAACAAAGGCGGCUUGUACAUCGAGUCGCGUGUGCGCGUCGCACCCGCAGAGGGCAACCCUUCGGUGCUGCGUGUGACGAGCCCGACGAUCACCACGCCGCUCGUGGGCGUGCCAGAGCAGUUCCGCGCGGGCCACUACAUGAAGGCCAGCGUCGCCGCCGCCGCGGCGAAGGCGAAGUGGGUUUUCAAGCAGGAGGAUAAGGUGGUGAAGCGCUCAGGUGGAGAGAGCGAGUACGGUGAGGUUAUCGGCGAUGCGCAGCUGCUCAAGGAGGCGGCAGACGCUGAGGCGAACGAGCUCGAAGCGGCGGCGGACGCGGCGGAGACGGCGGCCGGACCGCAGACGCCGCCGGGGACGCCGCCGCUGCAGCCGCUGCAGCCGGCUUCUAAGCGGGAGUACGGCUGCGCGCUCUGCGGCUCAAAGGACCACAACCUCACCAAGACGACGAAGGGUGUGAGGUCGGUGACCUGCCUCUACCACAAGGAGUUCAAGGCCGUGAUCGGCAAGGAGGACGAGGUCAAGUUCGUCAAACUGACGCCGACGGAGAGGGCCGCAAAGCGGGCGGAGGAGGCGGCGAAGAAGGCGAAGGAGGCGGCGAAGGCGGAGGAGGAGGAACAGGAGGGAGAGCCGUGA